UAUGUCAUCUGCUCUAUUUGCUAUAGGUUGUGGUUUAAUUGUAGUUGGAGGAGGAACAAAACUAUUGAUUCGUACAUACAGAUAAAUCAAAAGUAAAGAGUUUUUCAAAACUGUGGAAACUUCAAGGGCAUUUUAUAAAGGAACUUUCUCAACUCAACUUACUAGAAGAGAAGCUUAAUUAAUUCUUGGAGUCAGAGAAGGCACACCUCUAGAUUAAAUAAAGACUCGUCAUCGUACAUUAUUGAUGCUUAAUCAUCCAGAUUAAGGAGGAUCUACAUAUGUGGCCACUAAAAUUAAUGAAGCCAAAGAGUUGUUACUGAAAUGAUU